AACACCACGUUCCCGGCUGAGGUGAAGGACCUGACCAAGAGGAUACGCACCGUCCUGAUGGCCACCUCCCAAAUGAAAGAGCAUGAAAAGGACCCGGAGAUGUUGGUGGACCUGCAGUACAGUCUCGCCAACUCCUACGCCAGCACACCUGAGCUCAGAUGCACCUGGCUAGAGAGCAUGGCCAAGAUCCACGUUAGAAACGGAGACCUGUCUGAGGCGGCCAUGUGCUAUAUCCACAUCUCAGCACUUAUAGCAGAGUCUCUGCGGAGGAGAGGUUACUGGAAGUCUGAGAAGGGUCGGAUCUCAAGUGUGAGCAAAGAGGGAGCCUGUGUAAUUAACUCUAGCCCCUUACUAACUCCCCACGAUGGAGAAACUUCGUUCAGUAUGGGCUGGGCCGCCUUCAUGAACAUCUCUCCUAAUGUGAAAGAAGAGGGAGCGAUGAAGGAGGACGCCGGCACUCAGGACACUCCGUACACGGAGGACACACUGGUGGAGCAGCUGGAGAUGUGUGUGGAUUCCCUCUGGAAGUCUGAGAGAUACGAGCUCAUCGCAGAGAUCAACAAACCUGUUAUAGCUGUCUUCGAGAAGAGACGGGAUUUCAAGCGGUUAUCAGAGCUGUACUACGACAUUCACCGCUCGUACCUGAAGGUGACAGAGGUGGUGCACUCGGAGAAACGCCUGUUUGGACGCUACUAUCGUGUGGCUUUCUAUGGACAGGGCUUCUUUGAGGAAGAGGAGAGUAAGGAGUUUAUCUAUAAAGAGCCGAAGCUCACAGGACUGUCCGAGAUUUCUCAAAGACUCCUCAAACUCUACUCAGACAAGUUUGGAGCUGACAACGUCAAGAUGAUCCAAGACUCCAACAAGGUGAAUCCUAAAGACCUGGACCCCAGAUUUUUUGCAGACGCGUGUGGUCAGGCCUUGAAGGUGAAUGAGCGUCUCAUAAAAGAAGAUCAGCUGGAGUAUCAGGAGGAGAUGAAAGCUCACUAUAAAGACAUGCUGACCGAGCUCUCCGCCAUCAUGAACGAGCAG